CAAAAAUAUAAACCAUCCUCUCUAUGUACUUGCGCUAAACUCAGCUCUGAAGAAACUAUAGAACAGGCUAACCUGAUAUUCAUAUCAGGAGCUCUCCAGCUAUAAAAUAGUUUCAUUCAAGAUAUGAUCCAGUGGAAAAGUCUACAUGGAGCUUUUACGUAUUACCUUGCUGUUGUCCAAAAACAUACCCAUCUAGAUCAACAGAGAAUACCAUUUCUAAUGUCUGGUGUCCACUAGUGGCUUUCCUGAAUUGAUGUUGGGACGGACGAAACAAAUUUCAUUUGAGAUCUCUAUAGCAAAAGAAAACCCUCAUUCACAAGAACCAGGUUCCCAGCAGAGCACCAUACGAAGAGGAUAAAAAUAUGGAUAAAAAACGAUGCUUUAACACUUGGACUUUGUUCUUUCUGGUUGGAAUAUUCUUGCCAGAUCUUGUAUGUGGCUCAGUGGGGUUUUACCCAAGGUUUGCCCCAUUCUUUUUCCUCUGUACCCACCAUGGAGAGCUGGAGGGUGAUGGCGACCAGGGAGAGGUGUUGAUGUCACUUCAUAUUGCAGGAAACCCAGGAUAUUAUGUACCUGGUCAAGAAUAUCAUGUGACUAUUUCCACAAGCACAUACUUUGAUGGCUUACUGGUGACUGGUCUCUACACAUCAACAAGCAUCAGUGCUCCACAGAGGGUCAAUGGUCCUAGUUCAAUUGGUCUUGGUUUCAUGUCUGAUCAGCCCUUCGGAUCCCAGUUCAUGUGCAGUGUUGUAGCAUCGCACAUCAGCCACCUUCCGCAGACCAAUCUCAGCUUCGUCUGGAUUGCCCCUCCUGCAGGCACAGGCUGUGUGAACUUCAUGGCCACGGCUACACAGAGGGGUCAAAUCAUAUUCAAGGAUGCACUGGUUCAACAGUUGUGUGAGCAGGGAGCUCCCACUGAGUCACCUCUACGGCCGAAGCUGGCUGAAAUCCACAGUGCCAAUGUGAUUCUCCGGGACGAUUUUGAUUCACAUCCACAAUUGGAACUGAAUGAAGAAUUAUGGUUUGAAUGCAGCCACUGCAUAGUGGGUGAUCAGUGCGGGAUCAUCAUGCAUGGCAAUGCGAUUACAUUCUGUGAGCCAUAUGGUCCACGAGAGCUGACUACUGUUAUGCUUAAUACAACUACGGCGUCUGUUCUGCAGUUCUCCAUUGGGUCUGGCACAUGUCGCUAUAGCUACACUGAUCCCAGUAUUGCUGUCUUCUAUUCCAAGAACUCCUCAACCGAUUGGAUUGUUUUGGAAAGAAUCAGGGCUCCAUCUAACACCAACACCAUUAUCCACAUUAUCUAUCUUCCCCAAGAUGCCAAAGGUGAAAAUAUCAAAUUUAAAUGGGCACAGGAAUAUCUCCAUGCAAGCCACGUAUAUGAGGCCUGCUGGGCCCUGGAUAACAUUCUGAUCAUCAAUGCUGCCCACAAGCAGAUGCUCUUGGAAGAUAACCUGGAUCCAAUCGACACAGGCAACUGGCUUUUCUUCCCUGGAGCUACGGUGAAGCAUAGCUGUCAGUCUGAUGGUAACUCCAUGUAUUUCCAUGGGACAGAGGGCACUGAUUUUAACUUUGUAACAACCAGGGACAUUGAUCUUCGGACUGAAGGCAUUGUAACACAGUGGGUAGAAGAGUUUGAAAGUCAGCCUGCAGGCUGGGAGACGUCAGGAGCUGUCAUUGGCACAGAGUGCGGCGAGGUGGAAUCAGGCUCCUCUCUUGUGUUUCUUGAAGAUGGCAGUCGUGUUGCCUGCACACCCUUUCUGGACACAACCAAUGGUGGAAACCUCAGGUUUUACUUCAGCAUGGGGGCUGGUUCUUGCAGUCCUGCAGAAUCACAUGAAAAUGAUGUCAUGCUCUAUGCCAUGGUUGAGGGUAGAAAAGAUCAUAUAUUGGAUUUACUGCCUUUCUCAUCCUAUAGGAAAGCAGCCUUGGUUUCUGUUGCCAUCACUCCAGAACUGCAGACACCAGCUACAAGGUUCUGCCUGAGACAGAAGAGUCACCAUGGGCUGAACAGGAAUGUGUGGGCUGUGGACUUCUUCCACAUUCUACCCGUGAUGCCACCGGCACCCACUCACCUAGCUGAGUUCUCCAUCAACAUGGGCUGUGGAUCUCAUCAACCAGGCAACAGCAUCAGUUUGGAGUUUUCGACCAAUCAUGGCCGUUCAUGGUCCCUGCUGCACAUGGAGUGUUUGCCUGAUCUCUGUGCAGGCCCACACCACCCCCACAGCUCCGUCUACUCUUCCGAAAACUACAGCGGGUGGAGUCGUAUAACUAUUCCCCUACCAUAUGCAGCACUCACCACUGGUACCAGGUUUCGCUGGAGUCAGAUGGGCCCUGUGGCAGGAAAUAUGUGGGCAAUUGACAAUGUCUACAUUGGCCCUGCCUGCUACAAACUGUGCUCUGGUCGAGGUCGAUGCACUACUAAUGGAUGCAAAUGUGACCCAGGAUUUUCAGGGCCUGGAUGUGACAUGGCUUCCCAAACCUACCCUACUAUCAUUUCCGAAAGUUUCAGUAGCUCCCGGCUCUCCUCCUACCACAAUUUCCAUUCAAUCCGUGGCGCAGAACUUGGCUUUGGUUGUGGUGUCCUCUCAAGUGGCAAGGCCCUGGUAUUCAACAAAGAGGGAAGGCGCGAGCUCAUUACUUCUUUUCUCGACAGUACUUCAGCCAGAUUCCUCCAGUUCACUCUCCGCCUGGGUAGUAAAUAUGUUCUGAGCACGUGCAAGCCCCCAGACCGGCCGGGGGAAGGGAUUCUACUGCACUUUUCUGCUGACAAUGGAAUUACAUGGAAUCUGCUGCAACACUACUCCCACCUGAAUUACCAUGAGCCACGAAUCAUCUCCGUGGAGCUCCCACAGAAAGCUCAGCAAUUGGGCAUCCAGUUCCGGUGGUGGCAGCCUUAUCACUCUGGGCCUGAUGAGGAUGUGUGGGCAAUUGAUGAAAUUAGUAUGACCUCAAUCCUGUACAACAGCAUUAGUCUUAACUUUAGCAAUCUAGUGGAUGUCACUCAGUCUCUGGGCUUCUACCUUGGAAAUGUCCAACCUUACUGUAACCAUGACUGGACCCUCAGUUUCACUGGAGAUUCCAAAACAAGCUCAAGCAUGCGCUAUGUUGAAACCCAGUCCAUGCAGAUUGGGGCCUCAUACAUGCUGCAAUUCAACUUGGUGAUGGGCUGUGGGAAGCCUUUUACGCUGCACGUGGACAACCAAAUCAGCCUGGAGUACUCCACCAACCAUGGCCUGACCUGGCACCUUGUACAGGAGGAAUGCUUUCCCAGCAUGCCUAGUUGCCAAGAGUUCACCUCUGCCAGUGUUUAUCAUUCCUCAGAGUUCCCACAGUGGAAAAGAGUAACUGUGCCCCUGCAGCAGAAAACAUGGUCAAGUGCUACACGUUUCCGCUGGAGCCAGAGUUAUUACAUGGUUCAGGAUGAAUGGGCAUUAGAUGAUAUUUAUAUUGGACAACAGUGUCCUGGGAUGUGUAAUGGCCAUGGCUGGUGUCACAAUGGAUUAUGCAGUUGUGAUCCAGGUUAUCGUGGAUCUUCCUGUAAACCAGAGGUCAUGUUACCUUCAACAGUGACAUGUGACUUUGAGAAUGAAGCUGUGAUGAAGAAUGAUUGGCAGGAAGUGAUUGGAGGACAAAUUGUUAAACCUGAGGAAGGCUGCGGAAUCAUUUCCUCCGGUUCCUCUCUCUAUUUCUCUGAGAAUGGGAAGAGGCAGCUGGUUAGCUGGGACCUGGACACCCAAUGGGUCGACUUUAUCCAGUUUUAUAUUCGGAUUGGAGGGAACACAGGAUCCUGUAACACACCUGACAGCAGAGAGGAGGGUGUUUUGUUGCAGUACAGCAAUAAUGGUGGUAUUACCUGGAACCUGCUGUCAGAAAUGUACUUCUCUGAUUUCAGUCAACCCAGAUUUGUUUAUUUUGAACUACCGGCGUCUGCUAAGACGACUUGUACAAGGUUCCGCUGGUGGCAGGCAGUUCACUCUGGUGAGGGAUAUGAUCAGUGGGCUAUUGACGACAUCAUCAUUUUAUCUGAGCGACAGAAACAAAUUAUCCCCAUCAUCACACCAACAAUACAGCAGGACUAUACACCAUCCUAUGAUGUCCCGCUGAGCCAGCUGAGCAUUUGGCUGAUGCUCGCUAAUGAGGGGAUGGGCAGCAAUGAGACUUUCUGCUCCAUGACCCACUCAGCCAUGGUGUUUGCAAAAUCUGAUGGUGAUCGGGUUGCUGUGACUCGGGACCUGACUCUGAAACCUGGAUACCUGCUUCAGUUCAAGCUGAACAUCGGAUGUGAGUGCCAGUUCAGUAGUGCUGCCCCUGUUCUCCUUCAAUACUCUCAUGAUGCUGGUAGAUCCUGGUCUCUGGUAAAAGAGGGUUGCUACCCUGCAUCACCUGGUGUCAAAAGCUGCGAGGGAAGUUCAAGAGAACUGAGGGAAUCAACAAUUUACUACAUAGGAGACUUUGAAACCUGGACAAGGAUCACGGUCAUUAUCCCAAGAUCUGUGGCAUCCAGUAAGACUCGAUUCCGCUGGUUUCAGGAGACCAGCAUCCACAAGAGUGCACCUGCCUUUGGCCUUGAUGAGGUUUACAUCUCUGAACCCUGCCCUAACUACUGCAGUGGACAUGGUGACUGCAUCUCUGGUGUCUGCUUCUGUGACCUUGGCUACUCUGUUGAAGAGGGAACCUGUGUGCCAAACACAUCGAACCCCAGUGAAAUGACUGAUCGGUUCGAGGAUAAGCUCAGUCCUCUCUGGUUGAAGGUUACAGGAGGACAGACUGGAAUUGGCUGUGGGAUACUGAAUGAUGGGAAAUCCCUCUACUUCAACGGCCCUGGGGGAAGAGAAGCCAGAACCGUCUGUCUUGACACAACAAACAUCAGGUUGGUGCAAUUUUAUAUCCGUAUCGGAAGUAAAACCCUUGGUUCCUCCUGCAGCAAACCUAGAGCUCGAAAUGAAGGAAUUGUUGUCCAGUACACCAAUGAUAAUGGAGUGACCUGGCAUGUUCUGCGUGAACUGGACUACAUGUCUUUCCUGCAGCCUCAGAUAAUAACCGUUGAACUACUCCCAGAAGCCAAAACCAUAUCUACAGCAUUUCGCUGGUGGCAGCCACAGCACGGAAAACUCAGUGCACAAUGGGCCUUGGAUGAUGUCUUGAUUGGAAUGAACGAUAGCUCACUUGCUGAUUUUCAGGAUACAUUUGAUGACUCCUCUGACUUGCAGUUCAAUUGGUAUCGCAUUCAAGGGGGCAAUCCAGAUAUGUAUUGUCUCUCGAAGGAUACAGCACUGGUUUUUAAUCUGAAUAUUGGCAAGCCCCGGUUUGCAGAAACAUGGGACUUCCACGUUACUGCCUCCACGUUCCUGCAGUUUGAGCUCAACAUAGGUUGUGGUAGUCAGUUGCCCGACUCCUCUGGCAUCCAGCUGCAGUACUCACUCAAUACAGGCAAAGACUGGCACCUUGCGAUAGAGGAGUGUGUUCCUCCCACCAUUGGUUGUCUGCACUACACGGAGAGCUCUGUCUACACUGCACAGAGAUUUCAAAGCUGGAAACGUGUCACUGUCUACCUGUCUCCAGCAACCAUUUCCCCCAGGACACGAUUCAGAUGGAUUCAAACAGAAUACUCCUUUGGGACUGAUAAUUGGGCCAUUGAUAAUGUGAUCCUAGCCUCAGGGUGUCCCUGGAUGUGUUCUGGUCAUGGCAUUUGUGACAUGGGUCAUUGUGUGUGUGACAGUGGCUUUGGAGGACGCAACUGUGUACCCAUUCUUCCACUGCCGUCCAUUCUCAAAGAUGACUUUAAUGAGAAACCCCACCCUGACCUUUGGCCUGAGGUUCUUGGAGCAGAAAGGGGAAACUUAAAUGGGGAAAUCAUCAAGUCUGGAACAGCACUGGAAUUUAAUGCGGAAGGGCUGAGAAUGCUGGUUUCCAGGGAUCUGGAAUGCACGAACACUUUGUACAUUCAAUUCUCAUUCAAGUUCAUAGCUAAAGGUGCUCCUGACCGCUCCCAUUCUGUUCUGCUGCAGUAUUCCAUCAAUGGCGGCAUUACCUGGCACUUGAUGGAUGAAUUUUACUUUCCUCAGACAACAGAGGUGCUUUUUAUUAAUGUUCCCUUACCACAUGCUGCCCAGACCAAUGCAACCCGAUUCCGCCUCUGGCAACCCCACAAUGAAGGGCAAAAGGAAGAAAUCUGGAUCAUUGAUGACCUUAUUAUUGAUGGGAACAAUGUGAAAAAUUCUGGUGUUUUGUUGGAGACGUUUGACUUUGGACCAAAGGAGGACGACUGGUUCUUCUAUCCUGGUGGAAACAUUGGUCUUUAUUGUCCCUAUGUAUCAAAGGGAACCAUGGAGGAAGAUUCUGCCAUAGUCUUCGUGUCAAACAUGGUUGGGGAACAUUCCAUCACAACCCGUGAUCUGGAUGUUAAUGAGAACACCAUUGUUCAGUUUGAGAUCAAUGUUGGAUGUAACAUAGAUAGUUCAGCUUCUGAUCCAAUUAGACUGGAGUUCUCACGGGAUUUUGGAGCCACAUGGCACUUGCUUCUUCCACUCUGUUACAGCAGUGGGCACAUUAGCUCACUUUGUUCAACUGAGCUCCAUCCGAGCAGCACUUAUUAUGCUGGAACCACCCAUGGAUGGAAGAGGGAGGUCAUCCAUUUUGGCAGGCUCCAUCUUUGUGGGUCAGUGAGGUUUCGAUGGUACCAAGGCUUCUACAGGCUAGGUUCUCAACCAGUGACCUGGGCCAUUGAUAAUGUUUACAUCGGGCCCCAGUGUGAGGAGAUGUGUAACGGCCAUGGCAGCUGUGUCAGUGGAACUCGCUGCAUUUGUGAUGCCAGGUAUUCUGGACCCACCUGCAAAAUCAGCUCCAAAAACCCAGACUUCUUGAAAGGAGAUUUUAAAGGUCCAAUAGACCCAGAGAAAUUUUUGGUGGUCAGUGGCGGCAAACCAUCCAGGAAAUGUGGUUUAAUGUCCAGUGGGAACAGCCUCUUCUUCAGUGAAGAGGGCCUGCGCAUGUUGAUGACUGUUGAUAUGGAUUUGUCACAAGCAAGGUUUGUGCAAUUCUUCUUGAGACUGGGCUGUGGGAAGGCAUCACCUGACCCCAGGAGCCAGCCAAUGCUUUUACAGUAUUCCAUGAAUGGUGGCCUGAGCUGGGGCGUCCUGCAGGAAUUCCUCUUCAGCAACUCGAGUAACGUGGGCCGAUACAUCGCUCUGGAGAUUCCCCUGAAGGCCCGUUCCUCUUCCACCCGGCUGCGCUGGUGGCAACCCUCCGAAGAUGGGCAUUUUUACAGCCCCUGGGCCAUUGAUGAGAUCAUAAUUGGAGGAAGCAUUAUGGGAAACACAGUGAUUGAAGAUAACUUCAGCACUCUGGAUAACAGGAAGUGGCUGCUACACCCUGGAGGCACCAAGAUGCCAGUCUGUGGUUCGACUGGGGAUGCACUGGUGUUCAUUGAGAAAGCCUACACCCGUUAUGUUAUCUCCACUGACGUAGUGGUGAACGAAGAUUCUUUCUUGCAGUUUGAUUUUGCUGCCUCCUGCUCUGUCACAGAUUCUUGCUAUGCUGUGGAGCUCCAGUAUUCGGUGGAUCUGGGACUGACCUGGCAGCCUGUGCUGACUGACUGUCUCCCCAGCAACGUGGAGUGUAACAAGUACCACCUACAGAAGAUCCUGGUGUCAGACACAUUCAACAAGUGGACCAGACUCACCCUGCCCCUGCCACCGUACACCAGGUCUCAGGCCACUCGUUUCCGUUGGUAUCAGCCAGCACCCUUUGAGAAGCAGCAGACAUGGGCCAUUGAUAACGUUUACAUUGGGGACAGCUGCCUGGACAUGUGCACCGGCCAUGGAAGGUGCUCACGUGGUUCCUGCAUCUGCGAUGAGGAGUGGAAUGGCAUGUACUGUGAUGAACCAAAGACGAGUCUCCCCCGCCAGCUUAAAGACAACUUCAACAGAUCCCCGUCCAGCAACAACUGGCUGACAGUAAACGGCGGCAAACUCACCACCGUCUGUGGCGUCGUGGCCUCUGGAAUGGCUCUUCACUUUAGUGGAGGUUGCACACGUCAGCUGGUGACAGUAGAUCUGGACCUCUCAGAUGCCGAGUUUAUUCAGUUUUACUUCAUGUACGGCUGCCUUGUUCCCCCAAGCAAUCGCAAUCAGGGAGUCUUUCUGGAUUAUUCUAUCAAUGGAGGCAUCACAUGGAACAUCUUAAUGGAAAUCUUCUUUGACCAAUACAAUAAGCCAAGCUUUGUAAGUAUUCUCCUUCCAUCUGAGGCAAAAGUAGUCGGUGCUCGCUUCCGAUGGUGGCAACCUACUCACGAUGGACAUGAGCAAAGCGACUGGGCUAUUGACAAUGUAUUGAUAGCUGGUUCAGCCAGCGAGAGAACCUUCAUGCUAGAUACAUUCAGCAGUACUCCUGUCCCACCACAUGACCGAAGCCCUGCUGACAGUGGACCUGUGGGCAGGAUCAGCUUUGACCUAUUUCAAGAAAGACCCACAGCUUACAAACUAAACAAGUACUGGAUGUUCCACGAUGAGUGCUCUGUGGAGAGAUUCUGUGAUUCACCUGAUGGAGUGAUGCUGUGCGGCAGCCAUGAUGGUCGGGAAGUUGAUGCAACAACCCAUGACCUCACACCUAGCGAAGACUGGAUUGUGCAGUUCAAGAUUUCAGUGGGCUGCAAGACCACAGAAAAAGUUGUUCAGAAUCAGGUCCAUGUUCAGUAUUCAACUGACUUUGGUGUGAAUUGGCGGUACCUGAUGCCACAGUGCCUCCCGGCUGACCCACAAUGCUCUGGUGACAUCACUCAGCCAUCAGUGUUUUUCCCUGCCAAGGAAUGGAAAAGAGCCAUCUAUACACUGCCUGACAAUCUGGUGGGCAACCCAGUGAGAUUCCGAUUCUAUCAAAAGUAUUCAGAUAUUCAGUGGGCCAUUGAUAAUUUCUACGUGGGGCCUGCCUGCCCAAAUAAUUGUGGAGGACACGGAGACUGCCUAAACAAACAGUGCUUCUGUGACCCCGGCUUCUCUGGGUCAAAUUGCUACUUGAGUCACCCUCUAAAGACUUCAUUGAAAGAACGUUUUGAGGUUGAUGACAUGAAAUCAGACACGUGGAUUUCUCUGGACGGUGGAAAGGCAUGCACAGACUGUGGUGUUCUGGUGGAAGAUUUACCCCUCUAUUUCAGCGGAGUGGGCAUGAGACAGGCAAUAACCCAGGACCUUGAUCUCAGGGGUACAAAAUUUGUGCAGUAUUGGGCCAGAAUUGGUAGUGAGAACAACAUGACGACAUGUCAUCAACCCAUCUGUCGGAAGGAGGGUGUUUUGUUGGACUAUUCAACUGAUGGAGGAAUUACCUGGAACCUGCUGCAUGAAAUGGAUUACCAGAAAUAUAUUUCUGUGCGUCAGGAUUAUGUCCUGCUCCCAGAGGAUGCCCACACCAACACGACCCGCCUGCGGUGGUGGCAACCCUUUGUUGUUCUCAAUGGUCUGAUGGUGGCGAGCUCAGACCGUGCUCAGUGGGCACUGGACAACAUCCUGAUUGGAGGAUCUGAGAUCAACCCAAGUCAACUAAUGGAUUCUUUUGACGAUGAAGGUGUUAACCAUGAUGGAAACUGGAUUUUCUACCCUAAUGCAGUCCGUACAGCCGGUUUCUGUGGUAAUCCCUCAUUCCAUCUCUAUUGGCCUAAUAAGAAGAAAGACAAGACGCACAAUUUCCUGGCUUCACGGGAACUUAUUGUAGCACCAGGAUAUGUUCUACAGUUCAGAAUUGUAAUUGGUUGUGAAGCUGAUUCCUGUGGGAAUUUCCAGCCUGUAUUGUUGGAGUAUAGUAAGGAUCCAAGAAAGGACUCCUGGUCACUUGUCCAAACAGAGUGUCUUCCUUCUACAAGCAGCAACAUUGGCUGCUCACCAUUCCAGUUCCAUGAGGCCAGUAUUUACACUGCCGUCAACUGCUCCAGCUGGAACAGGGUCACCAUCCAACUGCCUGAAUAUGUUGCAUCCAGUGCUACUCAGUUCCGAUGGAUUCAGAAGGAGGGCAUCACAGAGAAACAAAGCUGGGGAAUUGACAAUGUCUACAUUGGCGAGUCCUGUCCCAGGCUCUGCAGUGGGCAUGGAUACUGUAGAACUGGAACUGUCUGCAUCUGUGAUGAAGGUUAUCAAGGAGAUGACUGUUCUGUUCCAAUUAAUGACCUGCCCAGUUACAUCAAGACAACUUUGAAUCAUCCCGUGUACAGAAAUAAACUGGCAGGUGAUUUCAGGGAGGCGCCGAUUGGCAGUGGAUGUGGACAACUAGCACCUUAUGCCCACGGGGAGUCUCUGUACUUUAAUGGCUGUCAGAUGAGACAGGCUGUAACCAAACUUCUGGAUCUGACCAGGGCCAGCAAAAUCAUGUUUGUGCUGCAGAUUGGCAGCCUGUCACAUACAGCAAGCUGCAAUAUUGACCUGACAAACCCCGACAUUGCAGACAAGGCCAUUCUGCUACAGUACAGUUUGAAUGGUGGAAUUACGUGGCAUGUUAUUGCUCAGCACCAACCAAAGGAUUUCAUACAUGCCCAGAGGAUAUCUUACAAUGUCCCACUAGAGGCACGAGUUAAAGGUGUACUACUAAGAUGGUGGCAACCACGUCACAAUGGAGCAGGUCAUGACCAAUGGGCUUUAGAUCAUGUGGAGGUUGUCUUGACUCGUAAACAGAACUACAUGAUGAACUUCUCAAGGCAACAUAUGCUCAGGCAUUACUACAGCAGAAGGCGAAGGUCCCUCAGACGAAAUAUUUAAAGAAUUACAAUACAUUGCUGUCAUGCUUCAUGAUUCUAAUAAACAAAGCACUGUUUCUCAUAAGGGGCCAAUGUCAGAUAUAGGAAUGUAAUGAAAUAAAUUAGUUUGAAGACUAUAAAAUAUGACAUCUUUUACACACUGUGAAUUGAUGAAUGAAGUGGCUUAUAUUCUGAAAUGUAUUGUCUUUUACUCUUUUUGUGGUUGUGUGCUAUGUGGUAUGUUGUAAUGUCAGUUUCUGCGGCAGUAUCAUAAAUAAAUGUAAAAGUACAAUUUACUUUGCAAUGUAUUUGUCCUUAUAGUCUAGUUGCACAAUGAUUCGAACAAUAUCAAAUGGUGCUCAUCACAUACAAAUCUGUGUAAGUUAAAUAUGUCUAAAAUAAGAGGGUUGACAGGUUAGAUGUGAAAUCCUGAAUUCCUUUUAAAAUAGAAUCUAGGAGAGAAAAUAAAAUUCAAACUGAGCCAGUUAAAAAUAAAUUGAAAAAAACUGUUUCACACCAAGAUGUAAAAAUGUAGUAUGCACUAUUCCAAAUCACUAUAAAUGCAGAAUUAGUGUUCUAAUUACUUACUUGAGAGUUUUAAGGGUAUAAGGAAAUAUGAAAAGAUGUUAGGUGGUUCUGCCAUGGUUAACGCAAUUGCAAAGCAAAUGAUGAGGUGACAGGCCUAUCUCUGUUUGUAUAAUCCUAAAUGGCAAACAAUGGUUGUCUUUGUUUUCUAUUAUCAGUAAAACCUAACAAAAAUACAAAAAAAAUUUCCCAUGUUCAACAAAGAAUUCCAGAGUUUGGAAAUUUAUUAAAAGGUGGUGAUUUUUUUUGUGAAAUUGAGUAGUUUACCUUUUAAUGCCUUCAAAGCCAUUAGAAAUAACAGUGUGUUGCAGUUUGAGUGCGUAUAUCCUAGCUGAACAUUAAUAUUGGUUUUAAUGUAAAUCCUCAUUCUAGCUGUCAUUUGUGUCCUCUGGCAGUAAUUCAUUGGUGAUGAUGCUUAUUCAAUAUGACAAAUUGAUGUUAAUUGUGUUCAUUUUGAACUUGUUUCUACUGAUUGACAGCUGGGUCAUGUUUGUAACUUCUGAGUGAAAUAGUGUUGUAUUGACCUAGCAUAGCUAUAACAGCAAUGUACCAUUAUCUAAAAUUAGAUCGAGUGACUUAAUAUAUCACUAUGUUAUUUACUGAGAUAGAUCAAAACUUUCUUUCAAUAAAGCUAUUAUCACUGAUACUA